AAUUAAAAAUCACUGAAGUCCCUGGAAGAUUCACUCGUUAAUCUCCAGACAAGCUGAUAAGGUCUUGCUUUUUUCAUUGAAAUCUGCUUGCUGUCCGUCCUAAUUGGCUCUUGUAUUCAGUCUCUAUAUACCGAUCUUAAACCUCCUUUCUCAAUACUCUUAAAUUUAUACAGGUUUGCCCUAAUUCCUAGCCUGGGAAAUCUUCCUUUUCUCCAUACCUUGAAUUGAUGGCAGAGAAACUUCACAUAGUGAUGCUUCCAUGGAUUGCCUUUGGCCAUAUGAUACCUUUCUUUCAACUUUCCAUAGAUUUAGCCAAAGCUGGAAUCAAAGUCUCCUUUGUUUCAACCCCAAGAAACAUCAAAAGACUCCCUAAAAUUCCUCCAAGUCUAGCAGACUUGGUGACAUUCGUAGAGUUUCCACUACCAAGCUUAGACAAUGAUAUCUUGCCAGAAGAUGGAGAGGCCACGGUUGACAUUCCUGCCGAGAAAAUCGAGUACCUGAAGAUUUCAUUUGAUCUCCUGCAGCACCCCUUGAAGCAGUUCAUCGCCGAUCAACUUCCAGACUGGAUAAUCAUUGACAUGAUUCCUUAUUGGAUGGUAGAGAUUGCUAGAGAGAAAAAAGUUCCUCUUAUUCAUUUCUCUGUUUUCUCUGCUGUUGCAUAUGUGUUUCUUGGGCACCCAGAGUGCUUAGUUGGCGAUGGUCAAAGAAGACUAAGGCCGUCAUGGACGAGUAUGACAUCGAAACCAGAGUGGGUUGACUUUCCCUCCUCGGUAGCUUAUCGAAACCAGGAGGCUGUUGGAGUUUUUGAAGGGAUUUAUGGAGGAAAUGCUUCUGGGAUCACGGAUAGUGAAAGGGUCUCCAAGAUACUCCAUGGAUGCCAAGCUUUCGCGGUACGCAGCUGUGCCGAGUUUGAAGGAGACUACUUGAAUCUAUUUGAAAGGCUGAUAGGAAAACCCGUGAUCCCAGUAGGUCUGUUGCCACAGGAGAAGCCAGAAAGAAAGGAAUUCACUGAUGGAAGGUGGGGUGAAAUCUUUAAAUGGCUUGAUGACCAAAAGCCGAAGUCCGUUGUGUUUGUAGGCUUUGGUAGCGAGUAUAAGCUAACCAGAGAUCAAGUAUAUGAAAUUGCUCAUGGGCUAGAGUUAUCUGGAUUGCCAUUUCUGUGGGCAUUACGAAAACCAGGUUGGGCCAACGAUGAUCUUGAUGCUCUGCCUUCAGGAUUCGGUGAAAGGACAUCUGACAGAGGGAUUGUUUGCAUGGGAUGGGCGCCACAGAUGGAAAUCUUGGGUCAUCCAUCAAUUGGGGGAUCAUUAUUUCACUCUGGGUGGGGUUCUGUCAUUGAAAGUUUGCAGUUUGGUCACACCCUUAUUCUCUUGCCAUUCAUCGUCGACCAACCUUUGAAUGCAAGGUAUUUGGUUGAGAAGGCUUUAGGUGUGGAGGUACAGAGAGGGGAAGAUGGGUCAUUUACCCGGGAUGGUAUAGCCAAGGCUCUGAAACUCGCAAUGGUAUCCGAGGAAGGAAAAAGCUUGAGGGAGAAAGCAAGUGAAGCUGCUGCGAUUUUCGGAAACCAGAAGUUGCAUCAAGAUUACUAUAUUGGUAAGUUUGUUGAUUUUCUCAAAAAGAAGAAAUGAAAUGUUUGAAGGACAUGGUCACAACUCGCAAGGCAGAUUUGAUCAUCACCCAUGCUUGAGAUUUUAUUCAGGUGCUUCAUGUUCUCGAGUAUUCAAAUAUGGAAUAAAACAGGGUUUUUUUUUU